UUCGAGCACCCAAAAAGUCAGUCUCGUGGCUGUAGUCGAACAGAAACUCGACACGAUGAAGCUCCUCAUCCUGGCGGUGGCGAUCUCCCUGGCAGUUCUUGCCAGCGGAUCUUACGUUCCAAGCACCAAGUUCGAAGCGAAAUAUGCCGACAAGGAGUUCUUGUUCAAGCAGAAGUUCUUCUUCGAAGUGCUCCGCAACAUUCACCUGCCGCUCAAGUAUGACGAAUACAUCCCGUACACCAAGACCUGGGUGUCUGAUGAGACCAAGUACAACGACUUUGCUCAAGUGGCCGAGUUCUUUGACUAUUACAAGACUGGUGCCUUCCUAGAGAAGGGCGAGCUUUUCUCCAUCUACAACGAGCAGUACCUGCGCCAGACCUACGCUGUGUUCACCUUCCUGUACAACAGCGCCGACUGGGACACGUACUACAAGAACAUGAUUUGGGCCCGUGACAACAUCAACGAGGGCAUGUUCAUCUACGUGCUGCACCUGACCGUGAUGCACCGACCGGACCUGCAGGGCAUCGUUCUGCCAGCCAUCUACGAGAUCUACCCGUACUACUUCUUCAACACCGAUGUGAUCCGCACCAUCAACUACAAGAAGCUGUACGAUCCCAAGUUCGGUUUCUAUGGCAACGGCAAGUACAACGUCGUGUACGCUAACUACACCGCUACCUACCCGAUGGACUACUACAACAACUUCUACACCGAGGAGUACCUCAACUACUACACCGAGGAUAUUGGCCUGAACGCAUACUACUACUACUUCAUGAUGGACUAUUCGUUCCUCCUGGGUGGUGACAAGUUCGGACUGAUCAAGGACCGUCGUGGAGAGCUGUACUGGUACAUGCACCAGAUGCUGCUCGCCCGCUACAACCUGGAGCGUAUGUCCAACUACAUGGGUACGGUCAAGCCGCUGGUCUGGCGCUUCCCGCUCAAGACUGGAUACUUCUCGCUGCUCAGCUACUGGAACGGAGUGCCGUUCAAGAGCCGUGACUACAACUACAUGAUCUCGGACGAGUCGUACUUCAAGCUGGACUGGAUCAACGCCUGGGAGGCGAAGAUCCGCAAGAUCAUUGAGGAUGGAUUCUUCGUCAAGGAAGACGGCACCCGCAUCAACCUCCGUCUGCCGGAGUCGGUCGAGUUCUUCGGAAACCUGCUCAACUCCAACGUUGACAGUGUGGAUGCCAACUACGUCGGCUACAUCGAGGUGUUCUCUCGAUUGCUGCUCUCCGGAAACGACUUCAAUGCCUACAAGGUCUGGCCGUCGGCACUGAUGCAGUUCGAGACGAGCCUGCGCGACCCGGUCUUCUACCAGCUGUACGAGCGCUUCAUGGAUCUGUACUACUACUUCAAGCGUUUCCUGCCAAGCUACACUUACGAGGAGCUCAACUUCAACGGUGUCGUCAUCAAGGAUGUCACCUUCGACAAGCUGAUGACCUACUUCGACUACUUCGACUCGGAUGUCUCGAACGUUCUGCCCAUGCAGUCGGCUGACAAGUACUUCGACUAUGCCGUGUUCGCACGCCAGCGUCGCCUCAACCACAAGCCGUUCAGCUACACGAUGAACGUCAUGUCGGACUAUACCGGCAAGGCCAUCAUUCGCGCGUUUGUCGGACCCAAGUUCGAUCGCUUCUUCGACUUGCAGUUCUACAAGAAGUACUUCUUCGAGAUUGACCAGUAUCUGGUCGACUUCACCGCCGGCAAGAACACCUUCGUGCGUAACUCGCGCGACUUCUACUGGAGCGUCAAGGAUCGUACCAUGUACACCGACCUGUACAAGAAGAUCAUGCUCGGAUACAACGGACAGGAGAAGUUCGCCCUGGACAUGUCGGAGGCCCACUGUGGAUUCCCGGAUCGUCUGAUCUUGCCGAAGGGCUGGACCAGCGGUAUGCCGAUGCAGUUCUACUUCAUCAUCACGCCGUACACGGCCAAGACCUACGAGCAGGGCUACCAGUACGACAAGACCUUCACUUGCGGCGUCGAGUCGGGAAUGCGCUUCUACGACAGCCUGCCGUUCGGCUAUCCGUUCGAUCGCGUCAUCAACUUCAACUACUUCUACACCAAGAACAUGUACUUCAAGGACGUGUUCAUCUUCCACACCGAAGAGAUGAAAAUGAACCAGACCUACUAAAAGGACAACGCAAACCGGAAUCGACUAGAUGACGUAAUAAAACAGUAACGCAGCAAAUUGGAUCACACUCCAAAA